CGUACCAGGGCCAAUUUCAAUCUGUCCCUCAAAGAAGAAGUUGCCAUAUUGCAGUGAUACAGCGACUUUAGAAGAGUUGUUAUUCAAGGAUUUCUUCUUUUUUUCCGUAAUUUAAAGCAAUGCUCUCAGCUCAAGCUUUUGGGGACCCCGACAAGAUGAAGGACUAUCACUACACGGGUCCAGUUGAGCACCGUUUCUCCCCGUAUACUUUCAACGGAGGGACUGUUCUAGCGCUGGCUGGGGAAGACUUUGCCAUUGUAGCUUCAGACACCAGGCUGAGCGAGGGUUACUUAAUCCACAGCAGAGAGUCACCGAAAUCCUACAAACUGACAGACACAACAGUAAUUGGCUGUAGCGGUUUCCAUGGGGACUGUCUGACUCUGACCAAAAUCAUUGAUGCCAGACUAAAGAUGUACAAACACUCAAACAAUAAAACCAUGUCGUGUGGAGCCAUCGCUGCCAUGUUGUCCACCAUCUUGUACGGGAGGAGGUUCUUCCCCUACUAUGUUUACAAUAUCAUUGGAGGCCUUGAUGACGAGGGCAAGGGUGCAGUCUACAGCUUUGACCCAGUAGGAUCCUACCAGAGGGACUGCUACAUGGCUGGGGGAUCAGCUAGUGCGAUGUUGCAACCACUUCUCGACAACCAGAUUGGUUUAAAAAACAUGGAAGGUGUUACACGCGUUCCUUUGAGCCUCGAGAAGUCCGUUCAGCUGGUCAAAGAUGUUUUCAUCUCGGCCGCGGAAAGAGAUGUUUACACGGGCGAUGCGCUUCAGAUCCGUAUAAUCACGAAGGAGGGAAUCAAAGAGGAGACCGUCAUCCUGAGGAAGGACUGAAGACUUCGUUCCUUCUCCGUCUUCUUUCCUCAAAUUGCGCUUCUUUUUAGAUUUCAAUCUGCUUGUUUGGCCACUUGACAUCCGAUUCUAUCAAACAGGAGUGUUGAUCCAGAAAACACUGAACUUGUCGUAGGCUUGAAACAGGAACCGUAUAUCCCAUUUUUGAUACCUGUAACUCACCCCCACCCCCCCACCCCCCAAUUUAACACAUCUUUUCAUUUUUCCUGUCGUCACCAGGAUUCUUGAUCAACUCUCCUGUUAGAUGUUUGCUAUGGAAAGUUUCAAUUAUGACAGGCACUAUACUCUGUUAUUCUUUUUACAUUCUUAAUAAAUGUAAACAAUUUAAAACACUUGUUCACUGUAUCCUGUUUGCUUUAUAUAAUUAUACAUCAGCCUCUGGUUGUUAAAAGAAAAUGGUUCAAUUUAGUAGUUGCAUGACAUAAUUCCAAAAGGAUUUCACAAGGCUGGUUCUUUUUAAAAUUAGAUGUUUUCGCUUUUUCAAUUUAAUGUAAUGUUUGCAUUUACUUCCAUUAAAGGAUGGGAUUUGC